AUGGUGGCAGAGACUGAUUUCAAGUCUCAGGUAGCUACAUUGGAAGGUGGUGGAGGUAGUGGUGGGUGCCUCAAGGGCAAUGUUAUGUCUGCCACAGAGGAUCAAAAUGAUGAUACAGUUGGGGAAUUGAAUCAAUCUAUUGGAAAACCUCCAAGGGACCAUUCAAUUGUUCGUCAUUGUAGCAGCACUUUGCGGUUGAUUGAACAGGAAUCAGAUAUUGGGAUUAUAGGCUUGAAAUCAACCACAGAAGAAAAAUUAAAGAUUUCACCAAUAUUGCGGUCUGGAAGCUGUUCUGAGAAAGGACCAAAGCAGUACAUGGAGGAUGAGUUCAUCUGUGCUGAUAUACUCCGCGAAUUUGUAGGUCCAGGAACUAACCUCCCUUCUCCAGCAGCAUUUUAUGGGGUAUUUGAUGGACAUGGUGGUACUGAUGCAGCAUCAUUUAUCAAAAAUAACAUUCUUAAGUUUAUAAUUGAAGACUCUCAUUUCCCUUCUAUCAUUAAGAAAGCUGUUAGGAGUGCGUUUGUUAAAGCUGAUCAUGCAUUUGCAGAUGCUAGUGCUGAUCUUGAUAGUUCUUCAGGCACCACUGCUCUGAUAGCCCUUGUAUUGGGAAGGGACAUGUUGAUUGCUAAUGUAGGUGAUUCGCGGGCUGUAUUGGGGAAAAGGGGUAGAGCCAUUGAACUUUCUAAAGACCAUAAACCUACUUGCACUUCUGAAAGAUUGAGAAUUGAGAAAUUGGGUGGUGUCAUCUAUGAUGGAUACCUUAAUGGCCAACUAUCAGUGGCACGUGCUCUUGGAGAUUGGCAUAUUAAAGGUUCUAAGGGUUCUAAAAGUCCCUUAAGCUCAGACCCGGAGAUGGAGGAGACUGUUUUGACAGAAGAAGAUGAGUUUUUGAUAUUGGGGUGUGAUGGAUUAUGGGAUGUGAUGAGCAGCCAGUGUGCUAUUACAAUGGUGAGGAAGGGGCUCAUGGAGCAUAAUGAUCCUGAAAAAUGUGCAAGGGCACUUGUGACAGAAGCACUCCAAAGAAACACAUGUGAUAAUCUUACAGUUGUGGUGAUUUGUUUCUCCAAAGAUCCACCUCCUAAAAUUGAAAUUUCUCGAUCACAUAGGAGGAGGAGUAUUUCAGCUGAAGGCCUGGAUCUUCUCAAGGGUAUUAUGAAUGGUAAAUGA